AUGAGGCGCCGAGACCACAACAGCACCGCCACCUGCCCGUACUGCACGGUACGCCACAGCAGCAGCAGCAGCAGCAGCAGCAGCAGCAGCAGCAGCAGCAGAACCAGCAGCAAUAGCAGCAGCAGUAGCAGCAACACCAGAAUCAGCAGCAGGAUUAGCAGCAGCAGCAGCAGAAACAUCAUCAUCCGGCGCAGGAGGAGUAACAGCAAUAUCAGCAGUAGCAGCAGUAGCAGCACGAGCAGCAGCAUCACCAGCAGCAGCAGCAGCAGCAGCAGCAACAGCAGCAGCAGCAACAGCAGCAGCAGCAGCAGCAGCAGCAGAAUUUUAAAUAUAUAUUUGUUUGUGGUGUACGUACAGCUGAAGAUGUUUUGCAAGGUGCACAGCGACAUCCACAAAAGAAGAGCGAUGGAAAUGCAGCAGCAAAUUCAGCAGCAGCAAGGCGAAGGAGCCACACUAGCUAAAAUAUAUGACUCCGUUAUAGGCGAGCGUUUGAAUCGUAUGCGGCACAAACUGGAGGAGGGGCCGUCUGGGCGGGGUUUGUGGGGCGACGACCCCGCUGACAUUGCUGCUUCUGCUGCUGCUGCUGGCAACCUCGCAGCAGAUGCUGCUUCUCCUCUUCGUCAAGACAAAAAGAAACAAAAGAGCAGCAAAAAGUCGAAGGACAAAAAGAAGAAGAAACACAAAAAGGAGAAGAAAAAGAAAAAGGAAAAGAAGCGAAAGAAAAGAUCCAGCAGCAGCAGCAGCAGCAGCAGCAGCAGUAGCAGCAGCAGCAGCAGCAGCAGCAGCGAUUCGGACUCCGAUGACGACAGGAAGCAUAGCCGUCGGAAUCGUAGAAGCGACGACGAACGCCGUGGGGGCCUGAAGGGGUUUGCUGCUCCUUGCUGCGGGACGCUACAACAAACGCAGCAGCAGCAGCAGCAGCAGCAGCAACAGCAGCAGCAACUCACAGGCACUGCAUCUCUCGCCCACGACAGCAGCAGAGAGUUUGCUGCAGCUAACCACCAGCAGCAGCUCUUUGAACGGCAACAGCAGCAGCUGCUCCGACAGACACAGCUGGCGGCGAUGCAGCAGCAGCAGCAGCAAUAG